CCCACUGAUUGAGGCCAGGGAUGGAACACACAAUCUCAUACUUCCUAGUCAGAUUCGUUAACCACUGAGCCACAACAGGAACUCCAUAUAUGCCUCUUUAAAUGCACAUAUCAUACUGUACUGGAAUUGCUUAACUGUAUUUUUCUCUCCAGAAUCUAAGUUUAUAAAUAUGAGACUUGUCUGAGUUUUAUUUAUCUUGCUAUUCACAGGACCUAACAAAUAGACAGUUUUAUAUGUUUUUGCUAUAUUAUGUGUUGUGAAUGAAUGAAUCAGUUUCAGUAGUAUCCUCUAUUUUUUCUUCAUCACAAUACAUAUUUGUCUUUAUUUUAGAAAAUAUUUGAAUGCAGUUAAAUAUUUGCCUAUUUUAGCCAAUAUGCCAAAUUUUUAUCAUAAUGGAUUUUUUAGACAUUUUCCCCAUCUGUCAGACGUUGCUUUAACACUCAGUAGACUAGAAACAGGCCCCACAGUCUUCCUGAUGCUUAUUUUUAAACAAUAGCUUCUUAUGGUAUUUUUAUUUUUUGCAAUUUGUUUUCUUCUUUUAGAGAUUUUUCUGCACACAUAAAUUUACUAAUAAUGUAGGGUGGGAAGUGAUAAAAUCAAAUAAUUGAUUUUUUUUAAAGUAUUAGUAACGGAUAACAACUUAGCUGUAAUCUUUUCUUUUCUUUCUUUCUUUCUUUUUUUUUUUUUUUUAAUAGUUGAAAUAGAUUUUUGGUCCAACGUCUGUAACAGCACCGCUAACCCAUGUAGAGUGUUCUCCAUUGACUUGCCUGUAUCAAACUUCCUCACGCAGUCUCCCACUGCACAUAGAAUCCUUCGCGUAUGUGUGCAUACAUCCAGUCUUAGGUUUUUGUGGACUUUUAAGCAUUAACAAUUUAGUUGGCAGAGGUGAUGUAAAUCAUCUGUCAAAGUCAUGUGCAAACGCACUAAUAAAUGCUUCAGGAAAACCCUUCUCUCAUACACAGUGAAUGAAUCCUUGUUUAGGUCAUGGGCUAGUGAGCGUGAAUAGAUGCCGUCAACACAGCCGCUUAAUACCAGUCUGUGUUUGAAAGGAAGAGGUGCUGAGACGCGAACUGAAAAAGGUGAGGGCAGGAAGGCUCAGCUCAGAGCUGCGUGGCGCCGUAGGAGGGGCGGGUCGCUGGCCGCGGUGCUGAAGGCGCUCCCGGGCUGUCCCCAGGUUGGUCGGUAGAAGAGACCAGGCGGGUUAGUGAGUUCGUGCUUAGCUGUCAGUCUUGUGUCUUCCGUUGUCAGUUCUCUGCUCCAGCCAGGGAAAGCACAUGGAGCUUCCAGGCGAGUCACCUCGCCAGCGUAGCGGAAGCCUCUGACCCAUUCCCACCGAGGGCAGCUCCUGUCCCGCAAUAGCAACCCCAAUAAUAAUAACGCAGCCUAUAUUUAUUUACAGCUCCAACUCUGUCCUCAACACUUGAAAUCCAUUCCCAGUGGUCCUCACAACACCCUCGAAAUUUAAAAUAAAAAGGUUGAUGACUUGCCCAAGUAAACACAGCUACCCAAAGGCUGAUCUCUCUCAACCACACCUCAAAGAGUAUUAACCGAGCACCCUGGACAUGCCAGCCUUAUAACCUUUGCUUCUCCCCCUUUAUCACCCUCCACCACAAGCCAUCACGCCCUUUAGCACCAACCCCCUCAGGUUUCCAGCAGGCAAAAGUAAUAUCCUACAUAGUAUAUCCCCUACCACCAUCGAGUUGGAGGCUUGAAUUCGGAACUGAAUUUAUUCACACAUCUUGCCCCUUCACUCUUAGUAGUCCGCUGGCUGGGAGUAGGAUAUUCAAGCCUAGUACCUGAGCCUCCAACUCACUGUGUCACCUUGGACCAGGGACCCUAAGUCUCUGGGCCUGCUUCUCUGGGCUAACACGACGGAUGAUAGGUUCUAGGACUGCCUGAGGCUUUUUCCAGGUGAGCAUGGAUCUCCUCUCAGGUGGGACACAAACAUUAGAUUUUUUUUUUUUUUAACGCCCUCCCUUCCUUUUCCAAGCCUGGUUGUACACCCACGCUCAAGUCUCUCCACCAGAUCCAUAGUAAACUCUAUUCAUUGUUGAGGAAGAACCCGGUCCCAGCUACUGAAGAUGUUCUCCCCACCCCCCCGUCCCCGCCCCCAUCCCGGGGUGUGACCUGCCCUCCUAGGCCACACUAGCCAGGAAGAACCCAAGGCUUAGGGAGAGAGCUACUCGAGCUCCAGCCUAGCAGUACAGGUCUCUGCGGCGCCUACACACCAGGACGCUUUGGGAAGUGGGAGAUGCAGAGAGCAAGAGCGCAAAGGCGGGGCAGGGCUGGCCGUGCUGCUCCGGUGACAGCAUCCUCCCUGAGAGCCCGCGCUCGAUACUCCUUUGCACUCUUUCGCGCCUAAGAGAACCUUCUCUGGGACCAGCCGGCUCCACCCUCUCGGUCCUAUCCAAGAGCCAGUUAAGCAGAGCCCUAAGCAUGUGGAACGCGACCCCGAGCGAGGAACCGGGGCCCAACCUCACGCUGCCAGACCUGGGCUGGGACGCUCCCCCUGAAAACGACUCGCUAGUGGAGGAGCUGCUGCCGCUCUUCCCCACGCCGCUGUUGGCGGGCGUCACCGCCACCUGCGUGGCGCUCUUCGUGGUGGGUAUCGCGGGCAACCUGCUCACGAUGCUGGUAGUGUCACGCUUCCGCGAGAUGCGCACCACCACCAACCUCUACCUGUCCAGCAUGGCCUUCUCCGACCUACUCAUCUUCCUCUGCAUGCCCCUCGACCUCUUCCGCCUCUGGCAGUACCGGCCUUGGAACCUUGGCAACCUGCUCUGCAAACUCUUCCAGUUCGUUAGCGAGAGCUGCACCUACGCCACAGUGCUCACCAUCACCGCGCUGAGCGUCGAGCGCUACUUCGCCAUCUGCUUCCCGCUGCGGGCCAAGGUAGUGGUCACCAAGGGCCGGGUAAAGCUGGUCAUCCUGGUCAUCUGGGCCGUGGCCUUCUGCAGCGCCGGGCCCAUCUUCGUGCUGGUCGGAGUGGAGCAUGAUAACGGCACUGACCCUCGGGACACCAACGAGUGCCGCGCCACGGAGUUCGCCGUGCGCUCCGGGCUGCUUACCGUCAUGGUCUGGGUGUCCAGUGUCUUCUUCUUCCUGCCUGUCUUCUGCCUCACUGUGCUCUAUAGCCUCAUCGGCAGGAAGCUCUGGCGGAGGAAGCGCGGCGAGGCGGCGGUGGGCUCCUCGCUCAGGGACCAGAACCACAAACAAACCGUGAAAAUGCUGGCUGUAGUGGUGUUUGCUUUCAUACUCUGCUGGCUGCCUUUCCAUGUAGGGCGAUAUUUAUUUUCCAAAUCCUUGGAGCCUGGCUCUGUGGAGAUUGCUCAGAUCAGCCAAUACUGCAACCUCGUGUCCUUUGUCCUCUUCUACCUCAGUGCGGCCAUCAACCCUAUUCUGUACAACAUCAUGUCCAAGAAGUAUCGGGUGGCGGUGUUCAAACUGCUGGGAUUUGAGCCCUUCUCACAGAGGAAACUCUCCACUCUGAAGGAUGAAAGUUCUCGGGCCUGGACAGAAUCUAGUAUUAAUACAUGACCAAGCACAUUGCUCAGCAAAGUCAUUGCUUAUUAUUCUAAACCAGAAGCCAUAGCACAGCAGAACUUGAGAGGAAGUUGAAGGUUAAUUUUGGAAUCAGGGACACGCAGGUCUGGAAACAACUGGGGGAAAGAAAAGACAGAAUUUUUAACGUGUGAAGAGUUUGAUUUGAUUGCACACUCAUCAGUGCUCUCAUACACGAUUUCUGCAUAUUCACUGCUUAUGAUUUUUGCAUUCUGCUGUUGGUGCUAGCAAGGGCUCUGCAAUUCAGAGAAGGGAGGAAGUAUAGAGAGGACAAACAGGUCAGUUCCUACUGGAUAAAUUCCAACUCUGAUUUCCUUUUCAUAAUGAUGAAAAUGUUUGAUUAAAAGAAUGGCAUUAAAAUAAAACAUUUAAAACAUGACUUUUAAAACCUAGCAGUUUUCAUAGAGCUCCUGAUCAGUGCUGUCCAAGAGAAAUAAAAUGCAAGGUACUUAAGUAAUGAAUACCAAAAUUAUUAAUGAGCAUUUCUACAUUCUUUUUUUCAUAUAACAUCUUUGAAAUCUGGUUUGUUUUUAGAUUUUUCAGCUCACCUGAAUUGGGCAGUGGGUGUUCAUUAGUAGUACUUGGUUUAUUGAAGUUUCAUAAAUUUGCAGAAGGAAAAGUAGAUUCAUAAACCUUAGUUGUCCAAACACACUUCAAAGUUUUCUAAUAACUAAGACAACUAUGAGUUCUUAAUUUUAAAAUGAAAUUUAAAAUUCAGUUCUUCAAGUUGCACUAGUCAUAUUUCAAUUGUUCAAUGGAUAAAUUAUGGCUAGUGGCUACCACAUUGAAUAUGCAGCUCUAGAGUAUCUGUAAAAUUAUUGAGAAUCUUAUUUAAAAUGUUUAAAAAUAAAUAUUCAUUCCCUGAAAUGGUUAUAUAGUGAAAUUAGGAUAGUAGAGUGUUAGCAUAAUCAAUUCUAAAAAUUACACCUUAAUGUCAAAAUUUAUGCUUGGAAGAAAAUGGAUAUAAAAUAGACAUAUAUUUUUAACUAGGCCAGAUUACAUGUGUGACUAUUCAGGAAAUGAGACUUUGUAAAAAUUAUAGAAAAUCACAAGUUACCUUACUUGACUUUACAAAACUACUUAAAAGCCAAUCAUAAAUCUUUGAUUUGUGAAUAAAGAACUGAUUUAUAACUUACACUGGAACGUUUACAGAAACUUAGUGAAUAUAGCAGUUUUUCAAAUGGUGAAAAAUUCAGAAUCCCUUAAAUGCUACUGCUUAUUGAUAUUCAGAACUUCAAAAAAAUCUUAUAGCCAUUUAUUUCAAAAUGCCUAUGUCAUGUCCUGUCUCCAAAUUAAUUAUGCUAUUUACAUCUCACUGCUUAGCUGAUAGAUAUGUUGGCUUGGAUUUCUAGUCUCCUUCUUACUCAUAAUUGCGAAUGAUUAGGCACCUUCAACUAAAUAUUAUAGAUUUUGUUUAUAAAUCUAAAAUUUUCAUUUGUAUUCACAUUGUUCCUUUAUAGUCAAUUCUUUGCAAUUUUUUUUUUUUUUGGUCUUUUGUCUUUUUGGGGCCACACCUGCGGCAUAUGAAGGUUCUCAGGCUAGGGUCUAAUUGGAGCUGUAGCUGCCAGCCUACAUCACAGCCACAGCAAUUUGGGAUCUGAGCCAUGUCUGUUACCUACACCAAAGCUCACGGCAACGCCAGAUCCUUAACCAACUGAGCAAGGUGAGGGAUGGAACCCGUGUCCUCAUGGAUGCUAGUUGGAUUUGUUUCUGCUGCGCCACGACGGGAACUCCCAAUUCUUUGCAAUUUAAAUAUAAUAUUCCACAAUGAUUUUUUUCAUGGUCUCCUGCAAUAUUAAGUCAUAUAAGCAAUUCCUACAUGAACUAUGGAGCCAGUUAGGGCACCAAAGUAAAGAUGAUUAUGCUGAAAUAAUUGAUUAUUUAUUUUAGAAAAAAGUAAAUGGAAUCAUAAUUAGAAUAAUUUCUCUAGAGAAAUAUUUCUGAAAUCUUUCCUGACUCUAAAACUAUACUGUCGGAGUUCCCGUCAUGGCUCAGUGGUUAAUGAAUCUGACUAGGAACCAUGAGGUUGAGGGUUCGAUCCCUGGCCUUGCUCAGUGGGUUAAGGAUCUGGCAUUGCCGUGAGCUGUGGUGUAGGUUGCAGACGCGGCUUAGAUCCCGCGUUGCUGUGGCUGUGGCGAAGGCCGGAAGCAACAGCUCCAAUUUGACUCCUAGCCUGGAAAUUUCCAUAUGCCGUGGGAGCGGCCCUAGAAAAGGCAAACAAACAAACAAACAAACUAUACUGUCAAUUUAGUCAAAGUACACAACUUUAGCAAAGCGAUUAUUCAGUUAAUUCUUGGGAGCACAUCAAUAUAUUUUUUUAAAUACUGAUUCAUAUAAGCCCAUUGAAUACUAAUUAGGUCAUUUAGCAUUAUUGUCCUAAAUAGGGCCCAAUAAAUCUCAAAGACAUAAUUCAAUUUCCUGAUUCCUUAGAGUUUUUGUCUACAAAUACAUCCCACUUGAGAGGAAACAAGCAAAAUAAGGCUUAACUUCCAUCACACAGUUAAUGGCUUUGGAGAAAAACAAAUCUAAUUUUUAACUAUUCAAUGGCCCUACACUUUCUUGUUGGCUCAUGUCCAUGGUCUCAGCUUAACUCACUCAUAGGCAGUAGUUCCCAUAGCAAAGAUCACCAUUGUCUUUCACUGGAACUCAGAGCACAUAUUUAAAGAAAGGGAUCUUUAAUUUCUCUCUUACACCGAUGCCUUUUUAUUGUUUGUAACUUCUUAGUUUCCUUAUACGCCAUAAAUUUUUAAGACUCAGGGAAAAGAGGAACUUAUAUGAGCAAAAUUGUUCCUAAAAGUCCAUCAUUCCACAUUUGGUACAUGUUCUGGUGUGUUCUAAGCUCUAAAGACCCAUAAGCCAAGGAUUUUAUCCUUAAUGAGCUCAUAGUCACUUGUGUGUUAUGGUAUAAUAUCUUCGAAUUAUGAAGUAAACAUCUCCAUCUGACACUGUGCUAUGCCUCUCUCUGUAUUGUUGUGGAUUUAACUCAGAAUAAAUUCAAAAUGGGCUGUUCCCAUACAAAACAGUCAAAUUUGUAAAUUAGUUAAUGUUUGCUAGUGCAUUCUUCAUUAAUGUAAACAAAGUAAAGGAACUCGUUUCAGUUAUAAUCUGUGUUUCCAUUUUUCUGGUUACCUAGAAUUGAGGUUUUUAUCACCACAUCUUACAAUGUGUCGUAAAAUCAAGGGUUGGAUAAUUUUCAUUAUAGGAAGUGAGUAUUGUAUGCAAAAGAACUUUUAAAUAAUUGCUUUUAGGAAAACACUCAUUGUCAUGAAUUAUUUAAAAUUGUAAGUUUUGUGGCAGUAAGAAUUAUAAACACUCCCAGUGUCUGGCCAGACCUUGGAAAUCAUUUCUUUAUAAUCAAAUUUUUGAUUAUAAUGAACAUUGGUGUGAUGGGAUUUGACUUGAAAUUCCAGUUUUUUCACUCUAAUGCCUUUUUAAAAAGCUGAAAUCAUUACAAUUUACAAUUGUCAGUUCAAUGUUGACAACUGUAGCUAUAAUUUUUUUUUGCUGUUUUUCAUUUAUUGACCUACUUGAACUUAACAUAAGAAAAAUAAAGCUGUGAGACUUUUUGCAAGACUGGUGCCUGAAAAUACUCCCUUACCUUUUAAUAAUAUGUUUAUGUCUUUAAAACAUAACAUACAUAUAUACAUAUAUCAAAAUUUCUUGUCACAAUGUCUAAGUGAAGAAAAUAGAGUUUUCUGCUUUCAGAAACACUGUAUUUAGUGUAAAUAAUGCCAUUAAAAGAUAAAGAUAGUGUCAUUCACAGUUCAUUACCUAAUUGUCCUUCUAUGAUUUCUUUGCAAUUUAAAUUACAACACUAGCCACAAUAUAUAAAAUUAUCUGGAUGACUAGUGACCAAGGUGAAUUCACCAAAUUGAUAACACAAAUAUCUUUUAUCCAAAGAAUGAACUGCAUGUCAAAACCAACAGAAAGCAAUGUGCUGGUGGCAAAUGCUAACUGCUCUAAGCUUAUGUCACUUAUUUAUUCACAUUAAAUGAAUCUGGUUGUAUUAACUUAUGACAAUACUCUGUUUGAAGCAGGUAAUGGGGAAGGUUUGUAUGAGGCCUGUUUUGUGGUUUUCCUUUUGAUUGCAGACUCUUGCAGGGUGUUGAAGCUUACCAAUUUUGCGUGAGAGAAUUACCAUCACCUAAAAAAGAAAAAAAAAAAAAAAAAAAAAACUGCCAUGCUUGUGUCCUUCCCAAUUGCUUGGAUAUUGGCUGGAACUCCAGUUAAUAACUUAUACUGUGACACAUACCCUCCAGGAACUGCUGACUACCCUCAGAACUGGCAAAAAGCAUGCCUCACGUAAACACUCAGAAAAUUCCACCAAAAUGAUCACAGAUAUUCUUUCCAGAAGAAUUCUUCUGCCUUCCAGUCCCAGAGAAAAUGUUUGGGAAGUAUAGGUUGAAAGAUUUUCUAUGAUUUAAACAUUCAAAUCUGAACAUUUCUCUGACUCAAAUACCAAAAAUAUUUAUAUUUUUCACUUUUAGCUCUGUAGGUUUAGGAUUAAAGAGCACUUGGUCAUAUAAAUAUAUUCAAACAGCAUAAUCCCCUGGUUCACUGGUCCCUGCUGUGUUUGAGCUUUGUAUAGAAUUUCCAGCUUGGUCUAUUUGUGUUGUUUCAAUAUAUCCUAAGUGUCACUAGUGAUAUUUUGCUUUGUGACUUCUUUUACUUAAGGUUUUUGUGAAUGUUAAAAGAAUUUACUAUAGUUCUCCAUGCCUCUGUUUUAUGAACACAAGCACUGGUUUUCCUUCCUUUGUGUGUCCUUACCCAAAUUUGCUUAAUAAAUAUAUUUUUUAAGUCUACCACUAAUUUCUCCCACUUUCAGGGAUAGAUCUUGUCUUAUAUGGAUUAUUUUACCUGUAUUCUUGCCCUUUUAAUUUCCAAAAUACAUAUUUGCAACUAUGAGAGGUGUUUGUUAUAGUGAGUUUUAUUU